AUGACUGUCGUCACUCUUCCUGAGCCUUUUGCUAGCAUCCCCAGAGAGAACUUUCUCUUUGGAGCUUCACCUCUUCAACCUCUUCCUAGAAUAUCCGCUGCUCUGGGUGGAAAGGUUAAUGUCUACGCAAAGCGCGAAGACUGCAACUCUGGUCUUGCCUAUGGUGGUAACAAGGUCCGAAAGCUAGAGUACCUCGCCGCUGAAGCCCAAGCCCAAGGUGCCGAUACCCUCGUCUCAAUCGGCGGUGUUCAAUCCAACCACACCCGCGCCGUCACAGCCGUCGCUACAAAGCUCGGCCUCAAAGCCGCCACAGUCCAAGAGCACUGGGUUGACUGGGAAGACCCCGGCUAUGAAAAGGUCGGCAACAUUCAGCUUUCUCGUCUCAUGGGCGGCGAUGUGAGACUUGACCCUUCUACAUUCGGUAUCGAGCACAAGACAACCCUUGCCAAGCUCAAAGACGAGCUCGAGAGCAGCGGCCGAAAGCCCUACUACAUCCCAGCAGGUGCUUCAGACCAUCCCCUCGGCGGUCUCGGUUUCGCGCGCUGGGCAUUCGAAGUUGAGGCGCAAGAGAAAGAACUCGGCAUCUUUUUCGACACCAUCAUCGUCUGCGCCGUGACAGGAUCUACGUUUGCUGGUAUGAUUGCCGGUUUCAAACUUGCGCAGAAGAACGGUUCUCCUGCGCGAAAGAUUAUUGGCAUCGACGCUUCAGGUAAAGUGCAGCAGACCUUUGAUCAAGUCCUGCGCAUCGCCAAGAACACUGCUGCAAAGAUUGGUCUCAGUGAGGACGAUAUCACAGCCGACGAUGUGAUUCUCGAUCCCAACUACAACGCCAAGGUAUACGGUAUUCCUGACGAGACGACACUCGAGGCUAUGAGGUUUGGUGCUGCGACUGAGGCUUUCAUCACGGAUCCUGUGUACGAGGGUAAGAGUUUGGCGGGUAUGAUGGAUUUGAUCAAGACAGGCAAGAUUGCGAGUGGAAAUGUUCUUUAUGCUCAUUUGGGAGGACAAUUGGCUCUUAAUGCCUAUUCGAGUCUUUGA